UUUGUAGACUAGGCUGGCUUCAAACUCACAGAGAUCUAUCUGCCUGUCUCUGCCUCCUGAGUGUUGAGAUUAAAGCCUUGUGCCCGGCUUUCUUUAUUUGGAGGCAGAGUCUCAAAAUUGCCCAGGACCCAGAAACUUAGCAUAGUCCAGCUAGCUGGGGUUACUGGGAGGGCAGGCUAUGUCACCAAACCUCAGUCCUGUUAAGGUACAUGGUCUGGACUAACAGUGGCAGAGUUCUGAACAAGGUACAAAUUAAGGUCAGGCUCACAAUGAGGUUCAGUAGCACUGAGUCCUCAAGCAGAAAAAAAAAAGCCUUGCCUUUUAAAAACGAUUAUAUUUUAAAAUUAUAUUUAUCUGCAUGCAUACAUGGGGGGCAGUGUGUGCCACAGUGUGGGAAAGAUUCCACCAUUCAAGUUCUUGGGGUUGAAUUCUGUCUGUGCACCAUGCUUAGUAGUUUCAGCUGCUCCCCCAGCCCAGUUUUUCUUUUUCUUUCUUUUUUUCAAUAAUUUAUUUUUAUUCUAUAUGCAUUGAUGUUUUGCCUGCAUGUAUGUCUGCAUAAGGGUGUCAGACUUUGGAGUUACAGUUGUUAGCUGCUAUGUGGGUACUGAGAAUUAAACUCCAGUCCUCUGGAAGAGCAGUCAGUUCUCUCAAUGGAGAAACUGAGUCGUUUCUCCAAAUCCGUCUUUAUUUUAUUGUUGGUGGUGUUUUGUUUUAUUUUUUUUUUUCCAGACAGGGUUUCUCUAUAGCCCUGACUGUCCUGGGACUCUCUCUGUAGACCAGGCUGACCUCGAACUCACAGAGAUCCACCUGCCUCUGCCUCCCAGAUACUGGGAUGACAGGCAUGCACCUCCAAGCCCUGCUUCUCUAUACCUGCUUACUUUGGAACCCAGCAUCUUCUCUGAAUUCAAGGGCUUAGGAGGCAGGACUCUCUCAAGCAUCUGCCCCUCGCAAAUGAGGGCACCACCUCCAUCCAAUCACCUCUUAGGGGCGGGACUGCGCGGGAAGGCACCCAGGCCGCUGGGAUCAGAGCUCAGUGUAUGGGCAGCAGUAGACGCCUGGACUUGCAGGCACAGCAGGUGCGGCCGCGGACGGACUCCCGGGACUGCAGAGGUGUGCACGGCUCCGGGGCACGGAAUAGUCACUCGGCUCAGCCAGGCACGAUGGGAAGGAAAAAAAUCCAGAUCUCACGCAUUCUAGACCAAAGGAACAGGCAGGUGACAUUCACCAAACGCAAGUUCGGGCUGAUGAAGAAGGCUUACGAGCUGAGCGUGCUCUGUGACUGCGACAUCGCACUGAUCAUCUUCAACAGCGCGCAGCGCCUCUUCCAGUAUGCGAGCAGCGACAUGGACCGGGUGCUGCUCAAAUACACCGAGUACAGCGAGCCGCAUGAGAGCCGCACCAAUGCAGAUAUCCUGCAGACCUUGAAGAGGAGGGGCGUGAGCCUGGAUGGGCCUGAGCUGGAGACGGAGGAGGGACCAGAGGGGCCUGGAGAGAAGCUGCUGAGGACGCUGGGAGGUGACCGAGGCUCUGCUUCGCCCCUGCCUCGGAUCUAUCCGGUGGCCCCUGCGAUGUCGGUCUCAGAGCUGUCCUACCGGGUCCCACUCGCCCCACCCAGCUGCGACCCCAGCGGGUUGGGAGAGGACCCAUCUGUCCACAGCCUCCCGCCCCUCUUUCGACCCCCGGGCCUGGGACACCCCAUCUUCUCUCCGAGCCACCUCUCCGGCAAGACGCCCCCACCCCUGUACCUAGCAACUGAUGGGCGGAGGCCAGAUCUGUCCGCGGGCCUGAUGGGGAGUCGAGGGGGACUGGGCAUCUCGAGAAGCCUGUACAGUGGCCUGCAGAGCCCCGCCGCUGCCCCGGGCCCCGCUUUGGGUAGCUUUGCCUUCCUGCCAACAGGUUCCGCAGAUUUCAGCCCCGGAGACACCGCUUCGCUCGCCCUGCAGUCCUCGUCCUGGCUCCCGACGAGGGACACGGUGGACCCGGCCCGGCCGGGCAGCGCCCGCAGCCUGUGUGAGGAGGGUCCCCCAAGCCGAGUGGCCUCCCCUCAAACGCCCCCGAUCAGCAUUAAGUCCGAGCGUCUGUCCCCCGCCACUGGGGCCUCUAGCGACUUCCCCAGGCCCUACCCCUACCCCCUGCUCCUCACCAGACCUCUAGCGGAGCCACUUCGGCCGGCAGCCUCCCUGAGUCGCUUGACCCCUGACUGCUGGCCGCGGUAGCGCACAGAAGGCUCCUCCCAGCCUCCACAGGCAUCCCGUAGUCUCCAGUUCCCUGAACAGCAAGGAGGGCGGGGGCACGCGAUGCCUCUCACUCGUGAGGCCCUGUUCUUUCCUGGAGUCGCUGAGUCAAUAAAGCCCACGGCUCUGGGAGGGCGCUGGGAAGCUCCCGUCCCCCAGCCUCCCGAGCCUGAGGUAUCCACA